AGGCAGGCGCCAAACCGCUGCGCCACCCAGGGAUCCCCAUUCCAUCUUUCAAUGACACUUGCUGCCUAGCUGUGACAUGGCCAUGAAAGUUCCAAUGAACAUCCCAGGUAGCUGCCUACUAAUGCAUUUUUUUGUUUUUUGUUUUUUUGAUUCGCGGGAGAGAGUGGAGCGGCAGCGGGUCGCGGGCAGGCGCCUGGGGAGGAUUACUCGGGUCGAACGCUCUCUGGGGUCUUUCAUGUUUUGGACUACAUUUUCCAGAGGCCUCCGGGCGUAACGUCACUUCCUUCUAAGGCGGGCUGCGCUGCGCCGCGCCCCGCCCCAGCGGAGAAAGCGCUGUCUGUUGCUUGGUUCCCGGUACCGCGGGACGGGAGCCUGACGCCGGGGAGGCUGAAGAUGACCAGAGACUAAGGGAAUAGCUGCUGUCGGACAACUGAGAGUUCUGUCCAAGGACUGCACUUCUCCAUGAGGAGAAGCCAGAGGAGGACUCAUAAGUUGCAAUUCUAAGCCAUGCCUUGUAGGUUGGUGUUGUUCAAGGAUGUGGCGGUAGAUUUCUCUCAGGAGGAGUGGGAGUGCCUGGACUUGGAACAGAAGGAUUUGUACAGAGAUGUGAUGUUGGAAAACUAUAGCAACCUGGUCUCGCUGGGAUUUUCCAUUUCUAAAGCAGAUGUGCUUUCCUUGUUGAAGCAAGGGAAAGAGCCCUGGAAGGUUGUGCAGGAAGUGACAAGAAGUCAGAGUUCAGACUGGGAAUCCAGGUGUGAGACCAAAAAGCUGUCCUCAAAAAGAGGAAUUUUUGAAAUAGAAUCAUCUCAAUGGGAAAUAAUAGAACAGCUUAGAAGACAUAAGUGUGAGUGUGAAAGUUUUCAAGAUGAUAGGGAAUGCAAAGACCAGGUUGAAAGCCAAUUAGGAAAUAAAGAGAGACUUUUCAGGCAAUUACUUAAGGAAAUUCCCAAUUUUAGCCAAACCGCAUGCCUUACAUUAAAAGAAAGAAGUCAUUUUCCUGAGAAAUCCUAUGAAUGUAAAGCAUGCAGAAAAUACUUUAUCCAUGGCUUUCAACUUUCUGAACAUCAGAAAGUUCAUUUUGAUGAAAAAUUCUAUGAAUGUAAAGAGUGUGGAAAGGCCUUUAUUAGAGGCUCAGAACUUAUUUACAAUCAGAGAAUUCAUGUUAAGAAACUCUAUGAAUGUAAGGAGUGUGGAAAAGCCUUUAUUUGUGCCUCACAGCUUACUUAUCAUCAAAGAAUUCAUACUGGGGAGAAACCUUAUAAAUGUAAAGAAUGUGGGAAGGCCUUUAUUCGUGGCUCUCAUCUUACACAGCAUCAAAGAAUUCAUACUGGCGAAAGACUCUAUGAAUGUAAUGAAUGUGGUAAGGCCUUUUUUCGUGGCUCUCAACUUACUUACCAUCAGAGAGUUCAUACUGCAGAGAAACCCUAUCAAUGUAAAGAAUGUGGAAAGGCCUUUAUUCGUGGCUCCCAACUUACUGAACAUCAGAGAAUUCAUACAGGUGAGAAACCCUAUGAAUGUAAGAAAUGUGGGAAAGCUUUUAGUUAUGGCUCGCAGCUUACUCUACAUCACAGACUUCAUACUGGUGAAAAACCCUAUAAAUGUAAAGAUUGUGAGAUGUCCUUUAUUCGUGGCUCACAACUUACUGAACAUCAGAGGAUUCAUACAGGUAGGAAACCACAUGAAUGCAAGCAAUGUGGAAAGGCCUUUAACUAUGGCUCACAACUUAUUCGACAUCAGAGGAUUCAUACUGGUGAGAAACCGUAUGAAUGUCAAGAAUGUGGGAAAUCAUUUAUUCGUGGCUCACAACUUACAGAACAUCAAAAAAUUCACACUGGUGAAAAACCUUUUGAAUGUAAGGAAUGUGGGAAAGCCUUUAUUCGUGGCUCACAUCUUACUCAGCAUCAGAGAAUUCAUACUGGUGAAAAACCCUAUGAAUGUAAAGAGUGUGGGAAGUCCUUUAUUUAUAGCUCACAACUGACUCAACAUCAGAGAAUUCAUACAGGUGAGAAUCCCUGUGAAUGUAAGCAGUGUGGUAAGAUCUUUAUUUGUGCCUCACAACUUACUCUACAUCAGAUUUCUCAUUCUGAUAGGAAACCAUAUGAAUGUAAAGAAUGUGGUAAGGCUUUUAUUCGUGGCUCACAGCUAAUUUACCAUCAGAGAGUUCAUACUGGUGAGAAGCCUUAUGAAUGUAGUGAAUGUGGGAAAGCCUUUAUUCGUGGUUCACAUCUCACUCAGCAUCAGAGAAUUCAUACUGGUGAGAAACCGUACAAAUGUAAUGAAUGUGGCAAGGCCUUUAAUCGUGGCUCACAACUUACUCAACAUCAGAGAAUUCAUUCUGGUGAAAAGCCUUAUAAAUGUAAUGAAUGUGGUAAGGACUUUAGACGUCAUUCACACCUUAUUCAACAUCAUAAACUUCAUAGUUGAGAAAAACUUUAUGAAAAUACAAAUUUAUCAAAUCUUUUGUCUGCCCAGACAAAGCUUUUGUCUUCCAAAGCUGAGUGCCAUUGACACUCAGCUUUGGAAUAUCAGAUAAUUAAGAUUAUGAAAAAGGAAAUCCUUUUUUACUUUCACUGAUAGUAACUGACUAUCAGAAAAUUUAAACAAAGGCUAGAUUAAUAUAAUGGAGAAUCAGUUUCCAUCAUAUUUCAUUCUUUGUUAGACAUUGGUGAAUUCAUACAAGAACACAACCAUAAAAUUUAGGAUUUUCUUGUUUGGCAUUGUUCUCUUAUUUACGUGAUCUGAGCUCCACCAUUUACUAUAUGUGUGUUCCUUUGGGAAAGUCAGUUAACCCCUGUUGCUUUAGUUUUUUCAUUUAUAAAAGGUUAAUAUCAUUCUCAUCAUGAUUUAAGGACAUAAAUGCAUAUAAAGCCUUAAAGCAAUGUGUAAUAUUUAGAAUAUACUUAAUAAACAUUAGUUAUUAUUGAAAUUUUGUUUAUUCAGUAAUUAAAAGUUUCCUUCUAGGCUCAAGAGUAAUUAUUUUUUGAUUAAAGUAUAGUUGACAUACAAUGUUAUAUUAGUUUCAGCUGUUCACCAUAGUGAUUUGACAAUUCUGUACCUCAUUCUGUACACACCACAAUGUAUGUGGUUGUCAUCUGUCACUAUACAACAUUGUUACAAUAGUAUUGACUAUGUUCUAUUGAUUAUGCUGUACUUCUCAUUACUGUGAUUUAUUUAUUUUGUAACUGGAAGUUUAUACCUUUUAAUCAUCUUCACCUAUUUUAUCUACACCCCCAAUCCCCCCCUUCUCUGGCAACCACCAGUUCUGUGUAUUUAUGAUUCUGUUUCUGCUUUUGUUUUAAAUUCCAGAUAUAAGUGAAAUCAGAUGAUAUUUGUCUUUCUUUGUUUGACUUAUUUCACUUAGCCU